AUGUCCUACGUGGUCUUUGCUGUAGAAAAUGCGGAUCGACUUAUCCUCAUGCGGCCUCCACAGGUGCCCAAUGGUUCUCCCAUGUUCAAGCAAAUAGCUCUUAGUUAUAUACAAGCCCCGAAACAAGCUAAGCGUACACUAGCUGGAGGUUUCGGACCUGAAGAGCCGUGCGCGCGCGAAGCCGCGGAGCUGAUCCGCGCCGCCUUCAUAGGUAAACAGGUCAAGUUUGAGGAGGACUACUUCAUUGAGGAACUCAAACGCAGUGCUGGCCGCCUUCAACUCUCCACCGGUGAGGAUGCUUCGAUGAUGCUCCUGGAGGCGGGCCUCGCGGAGGUCUCCGAGAACCUUCCUCAGAAGCCCAAAAAGGGAUUGCUGGAUCAAUACGUGAACUUGUCAAAGGCUGCUCAAAAAGCCCAAAAGGGGAUCUUUCAUCCCAAGGCCACGUCGUGUGUGCGUCAGAUGCGCGAGAUGACGGUUAGCGAGCUUACGAAGCUAAUUGGCGAUUACAAGGGAAAGGAUCUGUUGGUGCGCAUCGAACGCGCCAUUUCUGGGGUCGUUUUGUUAAUUUCCGCCGCUGAGUUUGGCGACACACAGAUCCCGGUUCAUCUGGCGGGUGUUCAAGAUUUGACCAUGGAGGACGAAACGAUCGCGAUGCAGGCGAAGUUCCACACAGAGCGCUUUCUCCUGAACCGAAACGUUAUCAUCCGCUUUGAUGGUACCGAUGAUCGCGGUAACAUCAUGGUUUCUAUCAUCUCACGAAAGGGCAGCUUUCAGGAGGAACUCCUCUCCAAAGGCCUUGCCAAGGUUGACAACAGGGACCCAACGAUGCCGCCACAGCAUGCCGAUCUGGUGAAGGCGGAGGCGGAGGCCAGAAAGAAAAAGGUCGGGGUUUGGAUCCAUUUCGUGGAGCCUAUCGAAAAAGAUCCAGCGGCGACCACGCAGACGUCUGAUGGGGAAACUACUGACGCCACCAUCCCUCAAAAGGCUGAGAAGAAUGGGGUUCAGGUCGUUACGGCAAACGGCGCGCAAGCGGCCUCCCACAACGUCCCGCAGAACUUCACCGGGCGACUCGUGCAGGUCGUGCACGGAGAUACGGUGGUCGUGCAGGAGGAGGGAACGGGGCGUUAUACGCGGCUUUCCCUAAGCGGGGUUCGCUCCAGUAAGAAUAUCGUGCGCGAUCAGGAUGGUGGCGCGCCGGAGUGCCGUGUGACCUAUCAUGAUUACUCCUGGGAGGCGAAGGAGUUUCUGCGCUCGCAUUUCCUCGGCGCCCGGGUUGCGGUGAGUGUGGACUUUACGCGGGUGAUACCGGAGACGAAGGAGGUUCGCCCCGCCGCGUCCUUGACUUCCUUAGAAACGGGCACCAACAUUAACGCCGCAGUGCUUGAGGAAGGGUACGCGGUUUAUUUUCUCGCGAGGGGCGAUGUUUGUUUGGGCGCUGAUGUCUUGCAGGCUGCUGAGGAACGGGCUAAGGCAAACAAGAAGGGUCUUCAUAGCGACAAGCCCCGCCCCGUGGUGAUCAUAACGGAGCUGGGUCGUCUAGGAGAGAGCAAGGGUCGCUACUAUCUGAGCUUUCUGCAGCGUGGUAUGCAGGGCGGUCGGCCGCCCGUGCUGCGGGGCAUCGUUGACGUUGUGCUCGGCCCCACCUCCUUCCGGGUGUACAUUCCGAAGGAAAACUUUCAAAUUCCCUUGAAGCUCGCCGGUGUGAUCGCCCCCAAUGCCGCCCUCAGGCCAAACGACAAGGAUGAUCCUUUUGCUGGGGAGGCCAAGGAUUUUGUUACUACUCUUAUUCAGCAACGUGAAGUGAACAUUCAGGUGUACACUUCUGACCGGGGUGGUAACUUUAUCUCUAGUGUAACCUUGCCAAAUGGCAUCAAUGUGUCAGUAGCGUUGGUAGAAGAGGGGCUUGCCACGGUCGGUAAUGCAGAUCGCCUUCCAUUUGCGGAGCAGCUAUCUGCUUCUGAGGCAGCUGCACGAAGCGCCAAGAAAAAUAUCUGGUCUGGGGAGGGAAGUAUCCCGCAGCGUGCCGCCAAGAUCGAGUCUGAACGGAGCGCCGCCAAUUCAACGAAACUUAUGCCAAUGGUGGGCGAUUCAUCUAGCUCGGCACGCUAUGUCAUUUCUGAAGUCAAUGAAGACGGUCUUUCGGUAUAUCUGCAGGAGUACGGCCCCCAAGUGGACGAGAAGAAGGCUGAAAUUCAAGAGCUUCUCGACCGCACGGUGGCCGCCAGCGCGUACACGCCGAAGAAAAGAGGUGAGCUCGUUGUAGUUGAGUACAAGCCCGAAAAGCUCUGGUGUCGUGCAAGAGUCGUACGGAUUGUGCAAGGAAAGGCGGCCGCGGAGGUCCACUACAUUGACUUUGGCAACACCAACACUAUUUCUGCCAAGCACAUUCGCGCCGUUCCAGAGCUUCGUGAGUACGAUAUCGUGCGAAAUACGGCACCUUUCGCGAAGCUAGCUUACCUGGCCUUCGUCAAGAAGGAGUUACCCUCUAACAUCGUUAACAGUGGGGCAGCAGAUAUUGUUUAUGAAUACACAGAUGCGGAUGUCGUAGCGCGUCCAAUGUACAAGGAUGGAGCUGGCAGCGUUUAUUACAUGAUCACUGCAAACGGGCAAAAAGCCUCACUUGGGGAGACGCUUCUCCAGCAUGGCUAUGCUAUUUUGGACAAGCGCUCAGCUUCUUUGUUUCCAGCCGAGUACAAGCGCCACGAAGCUGCACAAGAAAUCGCACGUCGGGAGCACAAGGUUUUGUGGCAGUAUGGUGAUAUCAAUGACGAUGAUGAUGAGCUUUAUUAA